AUGGAACUUAUAGAUGUAGAAAUCGAUGAUCGAGGGGACGCCCUCGACCACUCAGAUGAGCGGCGUAACCUCCAACAGGGUCCGACAGAGGAUAUAAAUAUAAGUGAAAAUGUGGACCCAGGGGAUUACACAGAUGCUGUAAAACAUGAACAGAACCUAGAAUCAUAUAGUCAUCAACAUGUACAAGAAAUGGACGAUGCAACUGGUGAUCACCAACAACAUGAAGUUCAUACUGGAAACCAAAUGCAGUCUGAAGGUAAUCCAGAGCAAAAAGGAUCAGUGAAGCGUGAAAGAACGAAUGAACAUGAACAUACCGAGCAGAAACACGGUAACAAUAACCACGGAUACAGAAAGGAUGGAUACAAUAAACAAAAGGUACGAAGAACUGAUCGUAAUGAUACCAGGGGUGCUCGUGGAAGGGACUUCCAUAAACACCAACGGGGUCAUUCAGGCCAUUGGAAUGCCGAGGCGGCACGUGCUAAACGAUGGGAUACACAAAUUAUUACUAUACUAGAUUCAUUCGACACUGCUAAAGAGGAUAUUCUCACACUCACGGGCAUAAUAGCUGAUGUCAAUGACUCCAGUAAACCGGCAAUCGCAACUUUCGAACGAUCCGUUGAAGCAUUCCCAAUCAAGACCGCGGCAUAUGCUACUGUAAUAGGCAUACUAAGAGCUAAAAAGAAGUCUACCCUUGCAGAACAGAUAAUGCAAAGGGUCCUACAUAACCUAGGGUCAUAUAUAAUCGCAGGAAACAGAAUCGCAGCAAUACACGCUAUGAGGUUCCUCAUUGGGGCCCAUUGUUCAGGUCUGGUCUCUUGUCAAGUUUAUCAAAUUAUUGAAAUGCUUAUCAAUUUGGCAAAACGCCUGGAACAAACACAACAUGAUAACCAAAAAGAGUAUGUGACUGCUACUAUCGCUGCCGACAACCUGGUGUACAUUGUAAUGGCCAGUAUCCCAUGGUUCAGCCGGGAAGAGUUCAGUAAGAACAUAGAAUUAAUUAAAACCAUAUGCAACGAGAUCACGGCAUACAACGACAGAAGAAAUGCCAAAUUAGCAACAUUGGUAACAGACGUUGAUAUCAAGCCGGGAACUGGAGAUGCAACGGAACAGCUCCGCAACCCAUAUGCGUAUAUCGCGGCGUACCAAGCAUACUCAAACGAUCUGGAUUAUAGCGAUAGGUUGGCAUCUGGUGUUGAAUCUAUGCAAUCGUUGAUGCAAAACGAAUGGUCUAACACAACAACUUACAGGUUUUACCAGAGCAAGGGGAUAGUCGAACACAUAACACAGCCUGUAUCGGAGCCAAGGGUAACAGAAGAAGUUGCAACUGUGACAAAUGAAAUUUUACAAGCAGUAUUGAAAAUUGAUACUGAUAAAAUGGUAUCAUUUAAGCCCGUUCCGUUCAUGCCAUUGAAAUUCAAUGCGGAUUGCCUCGCGGCUCAGCAGAUUACCGUGCACGACAAAUGGAUUUUCGAGGAACAUGUUUUGCACACAGUAUUCGCAUUCAUGGACGAUGCAAUGCUAUGUGCGAACCAACUGCUCAAAAUACCGUUCAAUAACGACUACGCGGAACAUGCCAUAGUACAGGUACUUGUAAAUAUGAUGUUGGCACCAAUUUACAAACGUCAUUUCACCAUGUUUGCCGUAUUGGUGAUGCAGCACAUGUGCAACGUGCAACCUAAAAUUGAGGAAGUAUUUCUUAACAUAUACUCUCAACUUAAGGAUAAAGCCACGGCACUGGACCCUGGAGUUCUAGCGGACCUUAUAUCUUCAGGUGCAUACUGGUUCAGCGUGGAGUUCUGCAAGGUGCGCAAGGAACCUUCAAAAUCAAAGUAUCAACGUGGGCAAGCGGAAGCAGGGGCCAACGGCAUGGAAGUUGAAGCACAGGUCACCGAGGAUAUGACCAAGGAAAAGAUUAAACAGAAGAAUGAGCGGCUUUUCAGUAUAAUGUUCAAACCGGACAACAACGAACACAUCAAUUUCAAUCAAAGGCUACUCGACGCUAUUGCAAGGUUGGUAUACAUGGACAGGCUACUCAUAUUCUCACCCGAAUCCCUGAGAGAGAGUAUCAAGGCAACUGUGCAACCGGCUCCCGCAACGCUACAGCAGCUACUGCGUGACAAAACUAUAGAACAUAGGAUAUUCAUCAACCUGCUCCAUUUCAACAAACUGGCAAAGGAAGAGAAUGAACUUAGAAACCAACGUAUCAUUGGGUUUAUCAAUAACCUGGUUGGAAAGGAACCACUUAAGGAGAUGCCGUCUAACCUAUUUGCUGAGGACAAAACGCCCGAGGUAGUCAUGACAGACGCUGCGACUGAUCCCAGCGGCGUUAAAACGUGGAACCGCGAUGACCUGGUGCUGAUAUUUUGGGAAUCGGUCGUUAUUCUAGGGAACAAAUCGCUAACACACCUAUUAAGGCUUAUCGAGUUUCACGGAGAGGUACUCAAAAACUACAUCAGCCAUGAACAAUCUGGAGCUUUUGAAGAUACCAUUUGUUACAAGGUGCUUCUGCUGACGCGAAACACGCUCAAAAAUGAUACCAAAAAGUUCGAAUUGGUCACGGAUGAACUCCUGAGACAAAAAAUAGUAACGCCGGCAGAUGCCUGUAGGUUCGUUUACAGGUUCUACCCGACGGCAGAGUUCUUCUCAAACCAUGCGCCGUGCAUACUGGAGUGUGCGUUCGACUUUGUUAGGGAGCGACUUGACCACUCACGUGCCCGUCUUGCCGAGGGUGGAAGUAACAUGGACGUCCUUCACAAAGCUCACGAUGAGCGUGAGGCCAUGAUGCGCGAGCUCCUCAAGACGAUUACGGAGCUCACAAAUAACCUCUUGAUGCAAGGAGUUGAUAGCGGUCAUGAGGCCAUUCUUGCGAGCAUGUUGAAAAACAUCAUUUUAAAUAACGCUCGCGAGAUCAACAUGAUCAUGCAGUUACGGUCAGAGGCACUGGAAAGAGGGUUCCAUCGCCACGUUGUUUCCGCCAUAGAAGUGACAUUGUUGACACAUUACGUGCAAGCACCUAUUUAA